UUUCUGAUUCUAAGUGUAUUGCAAGUGUGACAGUGAGUUUAGAACGUUUACAGACGUGCGUUGCAAUGCGAUUUCGAUUUGACGUUUCUUUGUUUUUUCUUGAAGAAAGUUAUCAUAAAUAACCAAUAUGGCAACAGUCAAAAUGUGGUGUCUUAUCUCGCAAUCAAAUUCCGUUGUUCUUGAAGUGGAAGUGGAUCAAAGAGCCAAUGGACAGGAAUGCUUAGAAAAGGUGUGUGAAAAUCUAGGAAUAGGCUAUUCAGAAAAGGAUUAUUUUGGCCUUCAAUACAGAGGAAACAGGGGAGAGAACUUGUGGCUGAAUAUGCGAAACCGAAUAGACCGACAGUUGUCUGGUCCCCAGCCCUUCAGAUUCCAUCUGAGAGUCAAGUUCUUUGUCCAGCCUCACAUGCUGCUGCAAGAUACGACCAGACAUCAAUUUUACCUACAAGUAUACCUUGAGCUAAAGACCAAAAAGCUUUUGGUGUCCGACGAAGAACGUUUGGUCGAAAUCCUGGCCCUGAUCGCUCAAGCGGAACAUGGCGACCAAGCUAACAAUGAGCAGCAAGUCCUCUACUACCAAAAUCUGAUCCAAGGGAUUGCCUGUCCUUCCUCCGAGAUCCUAACAGAUAUAGCCUACAAGCAUAGCAAUUAUAGAGGCAUGCCAAGGCAGUCUGCGGAAUACAGAGUUGUCCAGGAGGCGUCCAUUCUCUCAGGCUAUGGCAUGGAGUAUCACGAGGCCAAGAACGUAAAUAACGAGGACAUUUGUGUCGGCGUUGGACCGGAGGGUGUGGUCAUUUAUGACACGAACAUGACUGAGAUUUCCAGGUUCCCCUACCCCAUAGUCCAGAAGGCCAUUCACAACAGCAAAAAGUGCCUGCUGUAUGUUUUCACAGAAGAUGGAGAGGUAACACACGAGGAAUUUAAGAUGGUCAGCUGUAAGGCUGCCAUUUCUCUGUACAGGAGUAUCACAGAGAUGCACACCUUCUUCAGGUGCGACACCAUCAACAUGGAGGUGUUCUCUCAAGUCAGUCAGGACCUGAAGGGAGUCCUAGCCUCCAUAUUCCUCAAAGACAAUAACUCUGUCGGUAUGAAUUAUGUUUUCGAUGUCCAGCACACAUUCAGAGAAGUCUAUGACAGUACCAAGAGGAAGUUGUUCAUGUCUCAGCAUAGCCUUGACCAUCAAGGUCAAGGUCACUCAGAAUCAGAUAUGGAAACAACCUGUGGUAGAGAAGAAAUCUCUGAUCAUUGUGAAGAUUUUAAGUCACAGUUGAAAAAGAUCCAAGAAUCUUUUAUUUGUCGAGUGUGUAUGGACAAGGAAAUUUCUACAGCUCUCUGCCCGUGUGGUCACAUGAUCUGUUGUAAACAGUGUGCAGAAAGACUGGAUGAGUGCCCAGUGUGUCGGACUGGUAUAAAUACAAUACAGAACGUGUUCUUCGAAACACCCAUUACUGCCACCGGCAGGUAGCAGUGAUUGUGGACGGAAACGCAGAGAAUGACUGUGAUAGGGGGAGGAAAGAUUGGUGCGAAAGCAAAAAAACUGCCAGAUCAAUGCAAUAGAUAUUUUGUGAUUUUAUCAUGUUUAAUUUUACCCGGGAUGUGUGCAUAUAAAUAUGUUCAUUUCUUUUCAUUUCUUUUUUUUUAAAUUCAUUUCUUUUUUUCUUGAUGUUCAUCUUUUUGCCAUAUUUCAUUGAAAUCAUUCUGUUCAUUUUUUUUUUCUCAUUUACAUUUCAUAUUUCAAAUAUACAGCCUAUGUAUAUAUCAAAUCAUACAGUCAUAGAUGUACAUUACAUUGAACAGCCUCCUUGAUUAUUAUUUUUAGAUGAGAAUUUGUAAACUUUAUUUUAUACAUUGUACAAUUUGUCUCAAAUUUUUUUCUCAUCUUGAGCUUCACUUGACAUUAACCCGAGGAUCUUGGUUUUUGUUUACAUGAAUAUGUUGGAAGGGAACAUAACCGAUAACCGAUAGAUUUUUAAUUUUAUUUGUUGAAAAAAAUUAAAAAAUUAAUUUUUUGCUUCUUCUAAAUUUCUAAAAUGUCUCGAGCAAAUCUUUUAUAGGGGAAUACAAUUUUUUGAUUACUGGUACUAGUCUUUCUUUAAUUGAGGGAAAGUGUGAAAGAGUGCUUUGGUUUUCAAUUUAAAUACCUCUAAUAUCUGGAGAAAUUCAAAACAGAUUAAAGAAAGUUGAUUGCUAAAAUACAGUACAUAUCUAGUGAUAUUUUCCAUUGUAUUUUUUUAUAUAUCAUUCUCGCAAAUUAAUUUCAUCUCAUUUUGUCCCAUUCAGGUCGUUCUUUUGAACUCCCUGCUAUAUAUUAAUUUAAAUUAUUAAGUUAUUUUCCUGUAUUUUUUCCUCUUUAUUUUUAACUCUUUACAAGUUAUUCUAAAGUCCUAAGAAAGGUGACAUUGUAGUUGCCAUUAUUGUAGCAUUCAAAUGUCAGAGGAACUUUAGUCCCAACUUGUGUAUAUUUCUCUGUGUAGUUUACCCGGUAAGUAUUUUCUGAAUCACAGGGUAUACUGCCUAUUCAUUGUAUAAUCUUGCGCGAUAUUAAACGCAAUGUAUGUACUGAUAUUGAAGAGCUUUGAAAUUUGAUAUUAAAAAUCAAAGUCAGCAUUUCAAAUAAGAUAUUUAUGAAUUCUGAUAUUUAAUCGCACACUAUAAACAUAGUAAAAUGUAACAUAUACAUGUAUUUAUUUUUCUAAAUUUUCCAAUCAGAAAUUAUAUGCAGCAGUUAAUUUAUAAGAUAUGAAACUCAUGCACUAGCACUGUUAUUUUAUAUUUAUGCAAUAAGUAAUUAAUUCAUCAUGAUUAUGCAAUAGAAAAUCAUAGAUUUCCACAUUUUCCAACCUUUCACUUCAUCUGAAACAAAAUUCUGCUUUUCUUAUCUGUAUGGUUGUAAAUGACAUGUACAAGAGUAUUGUAAAUCACAUCAUAUUCAUGAAAACUUUAUUGCAGUUGAAUUUGGUACAUGUAUCUCAAACAUUGAUAUCUUGAAUACUAUGAAUAUGUUGAAGUAAGUUGGAAAUCUCAAUAAUUUUUUCACUUUAUUUUAUCUUGGCUUCGCAAAUUCUCAGAUAAUUAGGUUAUGUGAAAUUAAACAAGGGGAAGUAACUCUUAUUACAGCUUGUUGAUUUCUCAUAGGAAAAAAAAUAUGUGAAAUGUGAUUAACAGAAUUUAUCCGCAAAUGAGAGCUCUGUAUGAAAGUUUUGUUAUUACAUUGUUGCUUCUGUUUAACAGAUUCUUGGUGUGAAUGGAGGUUAUGUUGAAUGAGUUUAUAUUGACGACUGACAGAAUGGCAUUAUAUAUACUGUAUAUAGUGGAUGUAUCAAGAGAACCUGUAAAUAAUUAGAUCAAAAUUUGAUGAAAGAGGGCAAAGACUGUUAGCCUGGUGUGAAGAAAAAAAUAUCAAAACUUCUCUUUUUAUGUUUAUGGUAUUUUUGUUAAAAAAAUAUCUUCAGAUGAAAUGCUAUUUUUUUUUCUCUCUUUAUGUUCAUGUAUGUUCUUGCCUUCGUUUUGAUUUAAAGAAAUUAUGUCUAAUGUGGUAGAAAUUUAGUGAAUUCCAAAUAUUUUUCUGUAUACGUGUAAAUCAUAUUUCACAUCAUUUUACAUUCAGUUGGUGUUCAGGCUUUUGCUAGAUAUUUUCAUUAUCAAAGAUACAGUAAAUGUACCAUCAGGAAAAAUAACCAAAGUCGCAGCUAACUGCCAUAGAUUUCAAAGCUGCCUGAAGUUUUAUUUUUUCCCCCCGUUUCACCUUUUGGUGAUCAGGCAAUAUUACAAAUAAUCAGGUAUCAGCUUUUGUUGGAAAUACAUCCAUCAUCAAGAAAGAUGAUUUUCUUUUCUCAUUUUUUUCCCAUUUUAAUUUUGAAAAUAAAGACGGAGCAGCCCUUUUUUCAGAUUUGCUGGAAUGAAAUGCAGGACAGAUUUUUUAGUUUCAUUUUAACGAGUCGAGAUAUUGAUGUUAUGAAAUUGUUUUGUUAUUUUAAAACAUCGUGUACAUGUAGCAUUGCUUUGUAGAGGAAAAUGAGUGUCUUUCAAUUAUGUAUACUGUAAGUACAAACCGAAGAAGAAAAAAGUCCACAAAAUAAAGUUAUUUUAAAACUGA